AUGGGCAACAACGCUUCCCUAGUUGACACUCUUCUGCAGCACUUGUCAAUAGCUUUCAAGAUCAGAGACUUAGGGGCACCAAGUUUUUUCCUGGGUAUUGAAACAAUCAAAACUGGCGGCACUCUUCUUCUGUCACAACGGCGGUAUAUGAGGGACCUCUUGAAGCGAGCAGGCAUGACAGAGUGUAAGCCACUAGCCACACCAGCUGCAGUUACUCAGGCAGUAUCUCUAGCAACUCAACCCUUUGAGAAUCCAACACAGUACCAGCGCCUAGUAGGUGCUUUGCAGUAUUUAACCAUCACGAGUAUGGAUCUCUCAUAUUCUGUGAAUCGACUAUAUCAGUUUAUACAUGCACCGACUGAUGAGCACUGGGGUCUCCUGAAGCGGGUCCUACGCUAUGUUAAGGGGACUCUCGACCUCGGCCUUCGCCUGUCUCGUUCCGGGUCCGCGGAUAUCCAUGCCUUCUCCGACUCCGACUAG